GUGGAGGCGUGACAGGUGUUUGCCAGGAGUCAGUGAGGGUGGGGGUAGUCCAGUGCAGCGAGAAGCCAGGGGCACUGCGGGAAGUGGCCGGUGGAUCAGGAAUGUCCCAACCCGCUCCCCUGAUUUAAUCUCUGUCUGCUCUAGUGUGCCUGGGCUGAGCGGCCCCAUGGCCCCGUACCGCAUCCGGCAGUACGAGGACGGUGACUACGAGGCCGUGUGCACCAUGUUCGGCCAUGGGGUUAUGGAGCACACUCCUGCUGCGUUCAUCUACAUGCUGAAGUGUCCCCAGACCCAGCUGCACUUCCUGGGCCUGUUCCUGGUGGUGCUCGCGGCCUCCGGGUCCCUCCUGGUCUCCCUUCUGGCUCUCCUGCUCGCUCUCACUGGGGCCUGGUUUUGCAUCUGGUCUCUCUGGACCGAUUACAUCCAGCAGUCUCUUCACAACAACCUACUGGACAUCCGGAGAACCUACCUGGAGGCAGCAGACUCUUGUCUCUGGGUGGCAGGGGCUGAGGGGGCGGUGGUGGGUGCGGUGGGGGCUGUCCUGCCGGAGUUCCCCUCAGAAAGGGGGCACGCCCUGGAACUAAAGCGUAUGUCCGUGGAGAGGUAUUAGGGGGCUUAUUCCUUCACCCUCUCACUUUCCUGGUCCUGCUUGCAUGAACAGAGAGCAACAAUACACGAAGUCCGAAGAUGCAAACAAUUCAAUGUUUAUAGGGAUGAACU